AUGAUAAAAUAACAAGAUAGAGGAAAAGUCAGUCUAAGAGUUGUUUUGGAAAGAGAAAUUUAAAGCACACUUCUAUACUUCGUUUAAAAUCUCUUUUAUUGGAUAAUUUAUCAUAUUGAGCAUCCAUUUUUCGAGCAAUAUAAAGUUUAUGAUGGAGAAUGGCCUUGGAAAGAUGAUCCUAAACAAUGGAAAGAGCUUUUAAGAAAGAGUUUUGUGAUUAUUCUGGCCAAUAACUUUAUAGUGAUUCCUAUUACACAAAUGGCAGCUUCAAUUAGAGAUAAUUAUCAAGUAAAAUACUCAUUUGAAAUUUAAGAUUUACCUGAUUGGAAAACUAUUGUCUGGCAGAUGAUGUUUUGUAUGAUAAUCCAAGAUUUUUUGUUCUCUCUAAGUCAUUGGAUAUUGCAUAAACCAUUUUUUUACAAGAAAAUACACAAACUUCAUCAUUAAUACAUCUAAACAAUUGGCUUUAGCGCAGAAUAUAUGCAUCCUAUUGAAUUUGUUCUUGGAGGUGCUGUACCAUUUGUUAUUCCUACUUUGAUUCUUGGUUCCAAAAUGCAUUUCUAUACAUUUAUGAUUUGGGGAACACAUAGAAUAACAAAUAAUGUAAUUGCUCACUCUGGCUACAAUUUCCCCUGGAUACCUAAUGAUAUGGUUUUAUUUCACUCAAGUGCUUAGUAUCAUGACUAUCAUCAUAGUCAUAACGUAGGAAAUUAUGCAGGUCUGUUCACUAUUUGGGAUACUUUGAUUGGAGCUAAUAAUAGUUACUAUAAGUAUGUUGAUGAGAGAAAUAAUGCCAAAUUAACUAACAAGAAAUCUAAUUGA